AUGGCCACAGCUGUUAGACAUAGGAUCCCGUUCCGGUUCUCUGAAGACGAUGGGCAGGAUGGGCCAAUAUUGGAUGAGCAGGAGCAAGAAGAGCUCAUUGAGAACCUGCGCAAGGCGGACGAGAGCUCCAACCUCAUCUACCACGUCGGACUGGAGGCAGUUAUCGGUCUCUCACUCGUUCUCUCAAGAAAGGUAUCUCCCCUGGCGGUCCUGCUGCCAGAUUCGCCUGUCCUGGCUAUCAUCACUGCACAUCCCCCUUCCUCUAUAUCAUCCUAUCACCCUUGGUUUGCCGCUGUUGGGCCAGCGUAUGCUUUGCUUCUGGGUCGCGGGUUAGUCGACGUGCUGUGGUGGGGCGUCCCGGCCGUCAUCACAGGGGUGGUCGCGCCGGUUACAAAGUGGGUGCAAGAUGGAGAGAAGGAUCUACAAGAACUGGAGAAACUGCGUUACACCGCGCGCGGCGCUUGA